AUGGUGAAAUUACACUUGAAACAAGGCGAUGAAAGUUUGUUUCUUUACGAAACAACUUGUCAAGCAGAGCUCUCAGAGCUUAUACCACAGUUAGUUCGAAUUCAGAAUGGUCGACUAAAGAUAGAGCGAUUAUUUUACGGUAAGUAUAAAUGUAAGCUUAAGAUGACCUUUUAUUUUUAUUCUUAACACUUGAAACACUGUCAAUCCUGUUUACGGGACUGUUAAUAGUUUUCUCUGUCACUAAUGUGUACUGAAAAAAUUCCGGUGAAAUUAAGCACUCAUCUCUAAAUCGAUUUUCAUCACAAAUGCACAGUUUACACAUCUGUUGUUCGUCGUCCCUCCUUCCCUCUCUCAAACCAACAUCCCUUACAAGUGGGGAGGGAUAUGAGAGUAAAUUUUUAGAUGCUUUUGUGUCAUCAAUCUGGAAUCUGUUUGUAACUUUCUAGACUAUCGAAAUACUCUAGUGUGUAUUUUGAAACUUAAUUCUUAGGUUCUGUCUUCUGUGAUUAGUGAUAAUUGAUGAAUGAAGUGUCUGUCAUGUGAACAGAACUUUCAAACACCAUUCAUUGGCCACAUUAGAUUACUGCAAUAUGCCUCCAAUGAUUAUAAUGAAAUAGAUAAACUGAUUUGCCCACUGCCAGAAGUUGGAGCAACUUCAGAAUAAUUCUGGCCACCUCAAAGCAAUAUCAAUCAACUGCUUGCGUGAUCCCACAGUGAUCUAGUAAAUGAUCUGUUUUUAUUCCACACUCUGGCAGUUCCAUUGUCCAAUAAAUCAAGUAUUCAAACAGCUGUUAGUCAUGAAUCUAUAUUUGAUUUAAGUACAUGUAAAAUGACUGCUGCCAAAGUUUCCCUGUGCUGUAGUCGAUGAAUCCAUUGUUGUGUUGGUGAUGUCACAGGCCCCCAGCAGUGCCACCACCAAUAAAAUAUACCUCAUCUUGUUGAGAAGAUCAAAGGCUUUCUACCAAAGGCAAAUUCGUUUCGAAAUACUGCAACAUAUCAAAAACUCUGGGAUGGGUCCAUCAACCCCCCUUCCACCCCUUCCUUCCUGUUAAAAUGCUAUUAGAAUCAAAUUAUAUACAAAUUAAUACUCUGGUACAAGAGGGCAAAGAGUACAAUAUGCUAUUUUCAACCCCCAUGUAAAUGCCCUUUUCAUAUACCCUGAUAAAGAUUAAUGUAGUGAGGUACAAUAUAUUAAUUUUGGCAUGUCAGUUGGUACCGUAAUUGAUUUAAAAAUCGCUUGAUUCCAUAAUAUUGACCAAAACCAGGUUUGUGAGCCUGCAACAGUAAUAGCUGAAUCCCAACAAAGUUUAUUCUGAGUUCAAUGGUUACUAACUAAUAGUUUCUGUCAGUAAGAUGGAGUUCCUUCCAUUGUUUGGUGUUUCUAGUAAUAUCACAAUAUACAAACAGCAGUGUGCUAAGAAAAUCAUUUUUACAGCUUACCAUUUGGGCAAGCUGAAGCUAGCAUUUACAAGCCCAGACGUCAUUUCAACUAGCCCCAGACGUUUUUUGACGAGCAGAAUUGAUUUCAUAGUUCUUCUGUUUAAUAUUCGAAUUGCUCAAAAAACAUCACUUGCCUGUCAGGCAACUUAACAACAGAAUUCACUAGCCCGAGAGCAAAAUCCACUAGCCCCGGGCUUUUGGAUACUACUUUCUUUGCAUGUGACUCAACAACCCAAUCUUUUAUAAUAGAAAUGGAGGAGCUUGCAAAGCAUGGCAUUUCAUUGCCACCCAACAUGCAGGGCCUUGCUGAAGAACAGAUCUCUGAACUGAAUCUUCACAAUGACUGGGAAGAUGAAUGCAUCCCCAGUGGAGGUGUCACUGAAAACAGGGAUCCACUUGGAAAAAGAAAUGGCAAAGGUGAAAUUAUUUCUUACUUUUGUUCUAUUUACAUUUUGUUUACCUAAUGCAUUAAAUGUACUUGUUGAAGUUCUCUUCAAUAUCUUUAAUAAGCAGGGUGGAUUAUUUCAACAGCUUCUGAACUUUCUCAGCAAGUGAUAGGUUCACCUAGGCUAAUGAUUCACAAUAUACUGGCCCUUGCUGCCUUCAUUGGCUUUCUAGAAGUUACGUGUACCACAGUAUUCCACAUGUAUAUGUUAUCUUGACAUGUAAGCACCUGUCCCAUGUUAUAUGGUCAAGCCCCUAAUAACCUAAUCAAUUUUAAUUUCACCAUUAGAAGGCAAUAUAGGCACUCUCUAUAUCAAAUGAAGCUAUGUCAGGUACAUUACUUGUACCACUUACACUGUAGCAAUGUGAUCAUGUACAUGUACAUGAUGUACAAUCCAUACACUGGGUGAUCACAUGCAAUCUUGUCAGCUGGACCUAGUCUCUGAAAUGCAAUAUUACAUGUACACUGUGACUGCUUCCCGUAAUCUGAAGUCACUUGACACUAAUCUUAUAACUGCUGCUGAAACUCUUUUUGAUAGCCUUUAAACGUUUUCAUAUAGACUAUUCAUAUUUCAAUUAGUUUUUUAAUAAGUCUUGUUUUAAGUCUUUAUUUGAUACUGAUGCUUGAUUGAAAAUAACUUUCCUAGUUUUGAUACAUCUCAAUCAAAAUGUUUCACAGCUAUAGUACAUUUGUACAUUGUAGGCAGGAUAACCAGAGAACAUGUAGCAGGCGGCAAAGGCCUAAACUUGUGGAAACCUAAAUGUUAAGUAGGCGGCAACUAUUCCACUUAAAACAGCAAAAUUGCAGGCUUCCAGUUUAUUUUGACUGCAUGGGCUGUUAAAUUAUCCUUUAUGCAAUGUUAUUUUCACAUGUAUUUUAAUAGUAUUGUACAUACAAUUAUUGCGGGCAACAAGAGGAGCCCCCAGUCCUAAUAUCCAGGUUGUUAUUACACAUGCGUUGCAUGUAUGUAGCCAGCAUUUGUUUGGACUUCCAGAUGUACAGAACAAUAUUUGAUCAUGCAUGUUUGGACCUUCUAUCACUCGCAAUCUGAUCAUGCUCUUUUGACCAUCUGUCUCGUGAGACUUAUGCAAAGCACCUUUGAUCGUUGUCACCUGCACUCUCUAUAAACCUUUGGUAAUUAUUACUAGUAUAAUAUCAUAUGGGAAGUUGUGAGAACUACAUAAUGUACAUUUACUAUUAUUAUUACUAUUUUCCCAGUUGGCAAGAACUGAUCAUGUUGUCUUUUUCUUUGUGAAAACUGUAAUUACAGUUGAACCUCCAUGUGCGACCACAUCCCAUAAGCAACCACCUCAGAGCUCGAAAUAAUUUUCGGUAAAUGUUGUCUUUAUUUCAGCCCCAAGUGAGAAAAUGGCAGAAGUGAUUAACAGGACUAGAGAAGAAGCAAAAGCCAAAAUUGCCAAGGUAUGUUUAUACACUGUAUCAGAUGUUAGUCAUGCUAUUACCCUGAUCUAAAAAGCUAGUGAUAUUGUCAAGGCUUACAUGUACUUCAAUGCAGUGGCCACAGUGGGUAUAAUUUUAUUUUAAUAUUCACCCCUUGAGCUUCUAUCAUAGGUUUGAAGUGUCUGUAAGAAAAAGAAGGGCUAAAAUUAUUCAUGAAUUUCACCGCAGGAACAAGUGGAUAAAAAUAUAGCUCUGACCCAUGAGGUAGUAAAAGAUGCCCUUGAUCAGAUGAAAGGUGCUGUGAUGAUUGUGUAUCCCAUGGGUCUUCCUCCACAUGAUCCAGUCCGACAAGAACUGGAAAACACAGAAGAUUUAUCAGGUACACAGGUGAGGUUGAAAGUAACAGGAAAGAAGAAAAUAAUUUUUGUUGCAGAAAUUUACAUACAUUGUACACUGUAUGUGGUAAAUGAGUUGAAAGCAAAGGUGACUUAAUCGUAACAGUAACUGUUAAAUGGCCAGUGAUACACGCAGGUUGGCUACAGUUACCUCAAAGCUACAGUUCACAGCCUUUGAAAAUAUGUGUUACAAAUCUCAAUGAUAAACAAAGUCCAACUCCUCACUUCACAGAAAAAAUCUUUUAUGAAUCAUAAAAAUACCCUUUAAGACCCAAAAUAUCGACAUUCAAAUUCUCUAGACUGUUCUUCAUACAUUUCUCCAAAGAAUAGGCAUUUGCACAAUGACAUCUUUUUACUCCUAAGACCAGAAUUCAUUUUGUUUUUCGUUUCAUAUUCAAAAUUGGUAAUCCCCAUGAGUUUUAAAUACAAGAGCCUUACUGGUAAUUUGUAGAAGAAAGCAAUACCCUGAAGGAUUCUGGUUGUUGUAAAGUGUAGUAGUAAAAUGACGCCAACGUGCAAAUGGCCUAUUACUAGAGUCGCCCCGUGUAUGGGAAUCCAAGACAGUCUUGAAUUCUGGAUUCCAUGCCACGGAUUCCAGAUUCCAGGUACUGGUUUCCAGUCUUUGUAAGUGGAACCUGUAUUGUGGAUUUCAGGAUUUCAAUCAUUAGUGCAAUUCCAGAUUCCUUGAGGUGUAUUCUGGAUUCCAAAGCUCACAAAUUAUUCCGGAUUCCACAUGUAAAAUUUUCCCGGAUUUCCCUGCAUGGGGCGACUAGAGAGAAUUUUUUUUACAUUAAAUCCCAUAACCUUUUUUCUUGAUUAUGUAUUGGAAGUGAAAAGAGAAAAUGGAUUUUGGUCACUCUUGAAACUGAAAUGGUUAAUUUAAAUCACUGUGGUGUUGUUUAGGCUUACCUUCAUGUGUUAGAUGAAAACUCUACCCAGCUGUGGUGGGCAGGAAAGGAACUUCAGCGAGGAAAAAAACUUCAAGACUUCAUUGGAAAGAACGAGAAGACUAAACUCAUAUGCAAGCUUCAAAAGGUGAAGCAAGUCAGAGAGACAGAGGGAAAGUAAUAUAGUGAAAUCCUGAUGAUUCUAACCUUCUGGGGAAAAGAAAAUAAUUUGGUGACAAAGAUUGGAUGUAAAGUUACAGUAUUUGACUUUCAUUUUCCCUGUUAUAGGUGCGGCGCUUAUUUCAACUACGGGUAAAACACUGAGGGGAAUAUAGAGAAAAUUAAGUGGGGCGCUUACUAGGUAUGCACAGAGUCGAACUGUUAUAUGAACCCGGUUUCGAGAGUUUCCCUACAUGUUAAAACUUGACCACUCACGAGUUGGUCGAAGUCUUAUUUCUUGAGCGAUAUGGUUUUGAUGAAGCGUUAAUUUGUAAAUACCCAAAUUAGCGCCGCGGCGCUUAUUCACGUAGCGGCGCUAAAUCGAUCAUUUGCGGUACUCUCGUUGCUUCACAGCGCUCCUGACCAAAAAACUCCAAGCUACACACACAAUCCGUGCUGUUACCCCUGACUAACCAUAACCUUGUGGGGUUUUCUUGUUUGCAGAAGGGGCAGGGUCCACCCGGUAGAGAACCAGUGUUCAGUGAAGAACAGAGAAAACAAAUGAUGGCUUAUGCUUACAGAAAACAAGAGGAACUUAAGGUGUUUAAUAGUAUAUAGAUUUAUCCAGCGCUAAAAGCGAAGCCUCCGUUUAUAUACUUAUAAUAAAAGCCAUCAAAUUUAAACUAAUAAUAACAUAAUAAUAAUAAUAAUAAUAAUAAUAAUAAUAAUAAUAACAAUAACAUGAACUCUAAGCCAUGAGCAAGCUAAACGUCACAUAUUUACAGAAUAAAAAUCACUAUGCAUCAAGUUCGAUCACAGUACUUCUUCCAUACUACGUGUACAUUGUACACUAUUAAAAUUUAGAAACAUUUUCCUUUUUUUUUUUUUCAUGAUUGUAUAUAUGUCUGGGAAACAAGAAUGUCAAUGGCCUCGUCCAUCUAGUAACACGUCUCACGCCUAGGGAAAUCUAGUCGAAAAUUCUUACCGGGGCAAUAUCAUGAGAAACAUUAUGUAUAGCCCCGUUUUUGCUUAACGCACACACAAGAUACUUUAAUACUUUUACUGUGGCAGCUGCCUUGAUUUCCUCUAUACUACUUGGGGGCUAUGGAGAAAGUAAAGGAAACAAGAUCGAACGCACAUUGAUUCUGAUGUUAUGAUUGGUACCCCUGGAAUUUCUUUUUCGGUCCUAAAGGAGACUUGUCCUUUCCACAUUGUUACAUGUAUGUUACACCAUAAUAAUUUUCUGGGGCUCAACAAGCUUAUGUUUUUGUUUAUGGCGUAACAAGCUCUUGCUUUGCGUUUACAGAAACUUGAAGCAGAUGAAGAUGAUAGCUACCUCAACUCAGGUUGGGCGGAUCCACAUUCGCUGAAAAGACAGUUCCACGGUGUCGGAGACGUUAGAUGGAGACCCUAGUAAAGAUUUUUAAAAAAUGAACUCAUUUUGAAUUCGACAAUUGGACGAUAAAGGCAGGAAUGUUUUCGCAAAUAUAGAGCUUUAGAACUAUAAGAUAACUGAGCGCUCUCAAAGACCUCACUGGUAUCAUUAGUUUUGUAGUCGAUGUAUAUACUGCUGAUCCGUUCUUAAGUUUAUAUCAUCAUAAUCACCACCCUUGUGUAGGGUUUAUCGUAUAGAAAACUAUUCGAUAUUUUAUGAAGAGCUUGGACCCCCAGGAGAAAACGAGAUGUCUAGGAGACUUGAUGUCAGACGUUUAAACCUUCCGCUUGAAGUCUCCUAUUCAACAAGGAACAAAGUAAAAACAGUAUGAUACCUGUACACAGGCAUUCCUAGUUUGUAUACGAAAGGAACAGAGCCAAGAGUCCUCAUUGUUACAAUGUAGAGGUAUUCCUAUUGGAAAGGGUUGAAUCUUCUAAAGUUCCUACCGUAAGAUCAAGAUAGACGGCGAGCAGUGUGUUAUUUUUCUUUUGAGUCACAAUCUUUUUACCUCGAUAAACCAUGUUCAUGGGGUCUGGCACGUAAUUGUGGGUGCCACUGGCAGC